UCAGCAAAAGCUUUCGCAGUGAACAGAUCGCUCUUCCCGCAAUAAAUAUUAAAUACUUAAAUACUUUCUUAAAAUAAAGUACCAAAGAAUCACUUCAAAAUGCCGAGAAAUCUGGUGAAAUUGGCCAACCCCAAUCUGGAUACCAUGCCAUCGGACUUUCUGUACCACUUGGAUAUUAACGUGGCAAAUACCCAGGAUACCAGUGACAUUCAGCAGAGAUUCGGCGAUGUUAGGGUGGUUCUGACGGGAGGAACUGCAUCUCGAAUGCGGGAGCUGGCCCUUUAUAUGCGAAAGGUACUGGGAGUGUCGGAGCAGAGUGAUCCGGUGGAUUUGUGCGAGCGCGGCCACCGCUACGCCAUGUACAAGGUGGGUCCGGUUCUGUGCGUGAGUCACGGGGUUGGAUCCUCCACUUUCAGCGUUGUGCUCCACGAGCUGCUCAAGCUGGUCAGGUACGCCCGCUGCCAGGAUCCCGUCUUCCUGCGAAUCGGCACCUGCGGAGGACUGGGAGUGCCUCCUGGAACAGUGGUGGUCACCAAGGAUGCUUUUAACGGUCUGCUGCGCAACGAACAUGCAAUCGCUAUUCUUGGAAAACUUGUGGUGCGACCAGCUCAGUUUUCCGAGGACGUUAUCAACGAUAUUAUGAAAUACGGUGCCGAUCCUAGUGAUGGGUUUCAGACCAUAAGUGCCAACACAAUGGGAACAGAGUGCUUUUACGAGGGUCAGGGACGCACCGACGGAGCCAUAUGCGAGUACACCGAGAAGGAUAAGAUGGACUUCCUGCAAAAGUGCCAUGAUUUGGGGAUCCGGAACAUCGAGAUGGAGGCCAGCAUGUUUGCCUCGGUAACCAAGAAAGUGGGUGUGAAGGCCGGAGAUGUUUGUGUGACCCUGGUGAAUCGCCUCGAAGGAGAUCAGGUCACCAUCACUAUGGACCAGAAGCACGAGUUCGAGCAGCGUCCCUUCCUGGUGGUUGGCCGCUAUGUGAAGAAACUACUGCAGCAGUGACUCUGCCAUCAUUUAUUUGUAUUAGUACACCAGCACACUAUUUUAGAUACACCAGGAACACCUUUAAAUCUCCUGGAUCAGCAGUUUAUUGCCAGUGUUGAGGUUGUCCUGUGGCAAACGCAACAUGGACUCUUGAGGGGUUGGAGGAAGUGGAGGCUUUUGGGGAGCUCCGCCCUUGGGGGCCUGGAGUUUAUUGCCCAAGGCCUCGGCGGCCGAGACCAACUUGCUCUUAGCCAUGCGGUUUGGCUUAAUCAACUCGGCUAGAUCGUAGUCUUUAGGGGGUGGUGUGCUGGCAGUUUUAGCCAGCUGUUUCUUGGACUCGGCAGUCUUCAGUUCCGGCGGAUCGAGCUCCUCAAUCUUCAAGCGUGUGGCACUGGCUGGAGCCACCUCGCCCAGCAGCGAAGUUAGCUUCUCCACGGACUUCUUGGCAGUCACAUUUUCCGGCUCCAAUUCUAGGACCUUUUGGUACAUUGACAAGGACUGAGGGAGGGCAAUUCAUUUAGUUUAUACUUAAAAGAAAACAAAAGGAAAUGUUCCGUAUAAGUAUUACCUCUAGAUGUUUUCCCUCGGCAUUGAGAGCCUCUGCCAUGCGGAAAUGGGCCUUGACAUUCUUUGGAUCUAGCUGCAAACAAGCCUGGCAAUCAGCUAUGGCUGAAAAAUACUUCUUCAGUUUGAUAUCUGUCAAGAAAGAGAUAAUAUUGUUUAAUGUUUUAAUAAAAUGAUUAACCACUUACGAGCUGCAGCGCGAUUGUUGUAAGCAUGCACUGCGUUUUGAGGAUCGUAAAGAA